GUAGGUGGAAUUGAAAUCUCUCUUGUAUUACCCUCUGCUGACAGUCCUUUUCAUUGUCUUUUAGCGUUAAUCCGAAAAAUUUUUAUUAAAUAAAACUUAAAAUCUUUUACCAUCCAGGGAGUAAUGAAACCCUUUCAUGCACAGCUUUUAAUUUCAGUGACACCUUUGUUCCUAUGUGCUUAUGGCCAUCAAAGUAAAGAGCUAAUGCAGAGCAACAAAAGAUAGUAAAACAGUAUAGUCAAUUUGAUGUUCACUGUGUUAUAUUAUAUACUGUGUUGUGUUUCAGGAGGUGCAGGCGUGCACAGUGGACAUGGGCAUCACUGCUGACAGCUCUAAUCACCCUGACAACAAAAGCAAGAACCGAUACAUCAACAUACUGGCCUAUGACCACAGCAGAGUGAAGCUCUCCAACAGUUUGGAUAGAGAUGGGAAAUGUGCCGACUACAUCAAUGCUAACUUUGUUGAUGGCUAUGAGCGAACAAGGGCUUACAUUGCAGCUCAAGGGCCCCUCAGAGCUGGCAGGGAAGACUUCUGGAGGAUGGUUUGGCAGCAGAAUGUUGGAGUCAUUGUCAUGAUCACCAAUCUCAAUGAGAAGGGACAG